AUGUCAUUGACAAUUUACAUCAUCGCCAUCAACGGCGGCCACGUCGUCGAAGCCGACAAUGCCGGAAAGGAAAUCAAGACCCAGAAAGCAACGGUGUCCAAGUCCCAGCAAUGGGUGGUGGAGUGGAAGGGCGCAGGUAAAUCUGACGAGUUCGCGCUUCGAAACGUCGCAACCGAUGCCUAUCUGGGGGCUCCCAAGGGUGUCAGUGGUACAUAUUGCACCACAAACGCAAAGCAGUUCUGGCGAGCUGAGCCUGGUCAUGCGCCUGGAUCUUUCUGGUUAAAGAGUCUCGAGUUCGACGAUGCAUGCCUGUGCAACUCAGGCGCCAAGACCACCGCUAAUAGCAUCGUCUACAUGUGGAAGAAAGAUGUAUGA